AUGAGACAAGCACAACCAAUCCCAUCUGAGCUGACGGCCAAAUUGCUGGGUAAUAGAGUGGCCGUAUCACCCAUUGUCACCGUCGAACCUAGAAGGCGAAAGUUUCACAAGCCUAUCACGCUCACGUUGCCCUUACCACAGGCCUCUUCUAAGGGGAUGAUCAAUCACUACACGGGCGAUGCGCCCACCCUCAGGCUUUUAUGCAGCAUCACAGGCGGAACAUCCAGAGCACAAUGGGAGGAUGUUACGGGCUCGACGCCUCUUACAUUUAUCAACGAUUGCGUAUCGUUCACUACAACUGUUUCGGCACGAUUUUGGCUGAUGGAUUGUCGAAACGUGGCGGACGCGUCUAAAAUGGCUACCGAACUAUACCGGGAAGCUAUACACGUACCAUUUAUGGCCAAAUUUGUGGUGUUUGCUAAACGAACAGACACGAACGAAGCUAGAAUACGAUUGUUCUGUAUGACGGACGAUAGGGAAGACAAAACCUUAGAACACAAAGAACAUUUUACCGAGGUCUCAAAUAGUAGAGACGUUGAGGUUCUGGAAGGCAAGCCCGUAUACGUGGAAUUCGCAGGAAAUCUCGUGCCAGUCACUAAGUCCGGCGAACAGCUGAGAUUAGUGGUACGGGCGUUCAAAGAAAACAGAUUACCAUUCACUAUGCGCGUAAAAGACCCCAGUGCCGAACCACGUUCGUGGACUAUAAUAAUGAAAGAACCAAAAGUUUCUAAAAAUGAACCCGCUCAAACGCCAGUUUGUGUUUUACAAUUCGGAUUGCCCGAAAACAUUGUACAUGAUACAGAUGUCAAUGUUGAUGAACAUUACAAUUACACAUACACCCAUGAUUCAAACACCGAGACACACAAACGUGCUGAACUGAGAAUAACCGAUAUUAGUAAUUUCGUGUCCGAUGAUUGGAUUAAUUUGGCACACGAAUUGGGUUUCCAAUCGACAGAUAUUGCUCAAAUCCAAAGAGAAUAUCCAGAUAGUAGCGGUCAACAGUGUAUGAGUAUGCUUAACUUAUGGAUGAACGAAAUAUCUGGCCAAGAUUCCGUCAUUGCUUUAGAAAGAGCUUUAAACAAUAUAGGUAGAGUUGAUGUUGUGGAAAAGUGUAAUUUUGCGGAGAUCGGGCACUAUCCUUCGCAAAAUGGCGUUUACGUAGAAUCAGAGAAACAUCAAAGCUCUCAAUCUCCGAACAACAAAUAUGCUGCCGAAGAGAAGGCUGUGAUUGAAGAUGAAAUCGUCAAAACCGUGACUGAGAGACGAAUGGAAAUCGAACAACGGUUGAACGGUGAACCAGUGACCAUCGAGAAGAAAUAUGAACCAUACACCAGGGGAGACGACGUGGUCCAAAUGACAUCCAAACCCACGGAGAUGCCCGCUGUUGAACCAAUCGAACCCACCGAGGUGUCAUUCGAACACAAACGUAUGUCAUUCGAGAGAGGCGUGUCGAUCGAACAGGUACUCCAAGAAGACAUCCCGGUUAAAGACAAAUUAGUCGUGUUGGAAGAGAAAAAGAUGAUGUCGAUCGAUGAAAAACCUAUCGAUGUAGACAUGGAUGUAGACGCAACAAGUUUGACGUUUCAUGAAAAGCGAUUGUCGUUCGAGCAAGGCAUACCUGUCAAGGAAAUCAUUCAAAAAAAGGUGGAGGACACCACCACUGUUUCUGGACACGGAAAAGAAUCGACAACGGUAAUUGAAACCGAAAAGUCAGUCGUAAAGAGCGAUACAACGUUGGCAGAAGACGCAAAACUUUCCGAUACAAAAGCAGUACCAAAACCUAGUAUUGAAUUGACUAAAGACACAGAUGAGCAAAUAAGACGCGAUUCAAUAUUGUUUGAAGAAGUUUCCCAAGGUUUGGUUAAACUAGAUUCAAAUGAAUCAAAAGUAGAAGACAAAUCUGAAUUAUUAUCACCUCAAUCAUCUAAAACUCCUCCACCUAGUCCUGCAGAGUUCAAAGAAAUAGAGCAACAAAAUGAAUCUAAACAACGCCAGACAGAAUCUAUAUCUGCAGAAAAAGAACCGCAAACAGCAUUGUGGUCACAGGACAAUGAUGACUUGUUGGACACUCAUGGUUUCGGUGAACAUCUCAACGGCAUUGAAACGCCAAAUUUAUCGAAGCCAAAAAUUCAUAAAUCGUUGGCGGACAUUGAUGAGGAAUUUGAGGAACGAUCGGUUGUAUUGCAUCCUUUUUUUGAUCAACCAAAAAAAGAUAUUCACGAACAAGUACAAUUUGUAAAACAUCAUGAUGAUUCACCUGCAUUUGAAAGCCCAUUAACAGAUAAAAGUGUAUCUCAUCACGAUACAGGAAUAAGUCUAACUAGAGAAUAUUCUGAUACUUUAACUAGUUCAGGAAUAAAAACAAAACCUAAACAUACAGAUACAGCUUUUGAUGAAGAAGCAGAACUCACUGAUAAUGGAUUAAGUCCAAUUCAACCUGAUGAAGUCGGACUUACAGCUAAUGAAAUAAUAGAAAUAAAAAAGAAAAUUGGAAUGUAUGAUGCUGGAAAUAGCCCAAUAAUAUUUAUGGAGUCAAUAGCAUUAUCUCCUUUCGAAACGGUGACAAGUGAUGUAUCUACUAUUACUGAUGAUGUGAAAAAAAUUGAUGUAGCAAACAGUCCAAUAGAAUCAAAUAAAAUUCAAAGAAACAUAGACACAACAGUAGACGUAAAAAAAAUGAUAAUGAAAUUAGAAAAAUCUGGUGCAGGAGUGGAAGACGCGACGUUCCAACAAUCACCAAAAAGAAAACCACCAGUGAAAACACUUUUAUCGGGAUCAGUACUUCCAGAGGAACAUCAAACUUUAUACAUCGACAUUGAAAAAAAGCAUAAGAAAAAUGAUACAAAUACAAUGAAUAUACAAUCAAAACUAGAUGAAGUAAUUAAAACUGAAAAAUGCGUGUUGGAACAUUUAGAAAAAGUUGUAAAUCCAUCCGAAAAUAAUUCAGAGCUAGAAAGAAAAUUAUUGCAAAUUGUUAACAUAGAAACAAGUAUGUUGCAUAAGUUCGAAAAAAUAAUAGAUAAAACCGAUGAAAGUGUUAAUAAUUCAUGUUUAAAAAACUUAGAAAAAAAUAUUAUACCAAUUGAGAAAACUGAUGAGAAGCUUAAAAAAGUAGAUACUAUGUUGGAUGCAUUACAACAAUCACCCAAAAAAUGUAGUGAAGAUAAAAUUGAAAAAAAAUAUAUAGAUACGGGAUAUAAAAAAGAAGAAAGUAUCAUGGAACCAAUUAAAGUUACAGGUAUUUCUAAAGAAUUAAAACAAUUAAUUGAUGAUGACGAAGAAGAACAAGAAAGAAUGUAUAGAGUACUAAUGAAUGAAAAUAAUACAGAUAAAAAUAUAUAUAGCAAUAAAACACCUGUAAUUGAAGAAAUAAUAACUCCUAAACGUGUAAAAUCAACUACCAAAAAAGAUAAUACCAUAGAUGAUUCACAAAAUAUUGAAUUUAAUAAGAUUAACACAAAUUCUAAAGAUUCGAUAUUAUCAACAAAGGAAAAAAUAAACUUUAAUAAAAAUCUAAAUUUAAAAGAGAAUGAACAAUUAAAUACAGAAACAUAUAAAACUGAAAUAAAUGAAAGAUUAACAAAAGAUACAAAAGACCAAAAAAAUAAAAUAUUUUAUGAAGAAGAUGAUGAAGAAGAAUCAGAUAUUUUUGAAAAAUUUACUCGAGAACAUUUAAAGAAGUCUAUAGAUCUAUCACAUAUGGACAUUGAAAAGGAUGAUAAAGAUAGAAAACAUGAUACAAAAGAUAAAGAUUUUGAUAUUGUAGAUGAAGAAAAUGAAAUAAAUAACACUAAAAAAGAUAAAUCAAUAUUAUUUAUUCCUAAAACAAUAGAAAAAGGUUUAAAAGAUAUAACGAUGACACUAACAAGUAUUGUAAAAAAAAUGGAUGUAAAUGAUAUGUCAGGAAAGAAAAAUGAGAGUGAAGGAGGAGAUAAAGAAACUAAAGUAAUAAUUGAAAGUACAAAGCAAGAGGGUGGAGAAAUAGAGUCAAAUAAACAUAAAAAUACUAAAAAAACUAAUACUAAAAAAGAUCUAAAAUCUAAUAUAACCCCACAAACUCCAAUUUUAAAAAGAGAUAUCUUAGCAAUAGGCAAAAUAAAAAGUGAUAAUUUAAAAAAUGACAGUAUAGAAUCUUGUAAAUAUAAUAUAGAAAAAGACAUUAAAAAAGAACUAGUUGAUAAGGAAACCGACAAUAAUGAACAAUUAAAGAUAAAUAAAGAUAUAAUUGAAAAUAAUCAACUUGUAACUUCGGCUAAUAACACGGUAAAAGAAAUAAACAAAAACAUACUAAAAACAGACGACUCUAACAUAAAUAAAAACUAUAAAACAAAAAAUAAUGAAACAGACAUAGAUAUUGACAAAACUCUAACUGAUAAAAAUAAAGAAUUAAAAACUGAUAAAAAAAAAAUUAUAAAAAAAUUACCAUUAAAUUCAAAAGAAAAACAAAUUCUAAAUCAAAAUGAAGUAGAACAAAACUAUGAUUUAAAUAUCAAUAAUUCGAAAACACAAAUAUUUGAGCAAAAACAUAGUGAAAAUUUAAAUGACAAAUUAGACAUUGGUACAAAUAUAAAAAUUGAAAAUAAAACAAAAAGUACAUCUUCAUGUUCCUAUGAAAAGUACGAAACAACUGAAACAAAUGCAAAAACAUUCAUACACAAAACAGAAAUUGAACAUACGGAAACAAAAACAACAAAUAAUAAUCACAAAACCCACCACAAGGAAAAAUUAAUAAAGGUUCAACCUACGGAUUUCGAAAACAUCAAAAUAAAUGAGGGAGGUGGGAUAAUUACACAGGAAAAUGAAAAACUUAAAAUACCAGAAGAAAAAUCUAUACUACAACAAAAUGAAAGAGAAGACGAACAAUCAAAAACAGAAAGCAACAAAUCAAAACUAUACAUGGAAGGUAUUGAAAGCGACAAAAUACAUUUUGAUGAGUUUUAUAAAUGGGUAGAUAAAUUGGUAGAAGAAAAAAAUGAAAAUGUAACGAAUAAAGAAAACGAAGGCAUAAAAAAAAGAAUAUUUAAAACACUUAGAACAGCAUCCAUUGACAAGGAACAUAUAGAAGACGAAUCAAAUACAGUUAAAGAAUUUAUAUCAAAACAAAUCAUUACAAAAUACUCAAAUGAAGAGCAAAAAGAUAUACUAACAACAACUAAACCAAAAACAAAACAAACAAUAACAGAAACUGCUACCAUAUUGAAAACAAAAAGUAAAGUGAUCACCGAAAACAAAAAAGCAGGCAAUUUAACAAAAAAUGUUGAAACAAUUAAAGACGGAUCAAAAACGGAACAAAAUAAAACAGAUAGCGAAAGCCAAAACCUAGACAAUAUAAAAACAGAAUCACAAAAAAAAAUAAAUAUUGAAUCUAAAACUACCGAAAUUAUCAAACAUGAAAUAAUAACUGAUAAACCAAAAACUGAUAAAAUAGAAUUGACUAAAACUGACUCAAAAGAAACAAUUAAAUUAACACCCAUUGAAAAGGAAAUCCCUGAAAGUCUAAAAACUGAUUCAAUACUAGAUAAACUUACAAUCGAAAAAUCUGAUACUGUUAAAGACGAUACAAAAACAGAAUCACAAAAAAAAAUAAAUAUUGAAUCUAAAACUACCGAAAUUAUCAAACAUGAAAUAAUAACUGAUAAACCAAAAACUGAAAAAAUAGAAUUGACUAAAUCUGACUCAAAAGAUUCGAUUAAAUCAAUAGCUAGUGCAAAAGACGUAUUAUUAACUGACGAUAAAGAUCGAAAAUAUCCUACAACUGAUAAAGUAGAAUUGACUAAAUCUGACUCAAAAGAAACAAUUAAAUUAACACCCGUUGAAAAGGACAUCCCUGAAAGUCUAAAAACUGAUUCAGUUCUAGAUAAAAUUACAAUCGAAAAAUCUGAUACUGUUAAAGACGAUAUUAAAACAGAAUCACAAAAAAUAAUAAAUAUUGAAUCUAAAACUACCGAAAUUAUCAAACAUGAAAUAAUAACUGAUUUACCAAAAACAGAUAAAAUAGAAUUGACUAAUGACGAUAAAGAUCGAAAAUAUCCUACAACUGAUAAAGUAGAAUUGACUAAAUCUGACUCAAAUGAAACAAUUAAAUUAACACCCGUUGAAAAGGACAUCCCUGAAAGUCUAAAAACUGAUUCAGUUCUAGAUAAAAUUACAAUCGAAAAAUCUGAUACUGUUAAAGACGAUAUUAAAACAGAAUCACAAAAAAUAAUAAAUAUUGAAUCUAAAACUACCGAAAUUAUCAAACAUGAAAUAAUAACUGAUUUACCAAAAACAGAUAAAAUAGAAUUGACUAAAUCUGACUCGAAAGAUUCGAUUAAAUCAAUAGCUAGUGAAAAAGACGUGAAGGUAUUAUUAACUGACGAUAAAGAACAAAAAGAUCCUACAACUGAUAAAAUAAAAUUGAGUAAAUCUGACUCGAAAGAUUCAAUUACAUCGUAUAGUAGUGAACUUGACCUGAAAGGAUUAUUAACUGACGAUAAAGAUCGAAAAUAUCCUACAACUGAUAAAGUAGAAUUGACUAAAUCUGACUCAAAAGAAACAAUUAAAUUAACACCCGUUGAAAAGGACAUCCCUGAAAGUCUAAAAACUGAUUCAGUUCUAGAUAAAAUUACAAUCGAAAAAUCUGAUACUGUUAAAGACGAUAUUAAAACAGAAUCACAAAAAAUAAUAAAUAUUGAAUCUAAAACUACCGAAAUUAUCAAACAUGAAAUAAUAACUGAUUUACCAAAAACAGAUAAAAUAGAAUUGAUUAAAUCUGACUCGAAAGAUUCGAUUAAAUCAAUAGCUAGUGAACUUGACCUGAAAGGAUUAUUAACUGACGAUAAAGAUCACAAAAUACCCAAAACUGAUAAAAUAGAAUUGACUAAAUCUGACUCGAAAGAUUCGAUUAAAUCAAUAGCUAGUGAAAAAGACGUGAAGGUAUUAUUAACUGACGAUAAAGAUCGAAAAUAUCCUACAACUGAUAAAGUAGAAUUGACUAAAUCUGACUCAAAAGAAACAAUUAAAUUAACACCCGUUGAAAAGGACAUCCCUGAAAGUCUAAAAACUGAUUCAGUUCUAGAUAAAAUUACAAUCAAAAAAUCUGAUACUAUUAUAGACGAUAUUAAAACAGAAUCACAAAAAAUAAUAAAUAUUGAAUCCAAAACUACCGAAAUUAUCAAACAUGAAAUAAUAACUGAUGUACCAAAAACAGAUAAAAUAGAAUUGACUAAAUCUGACUCUUUAGAUACGAACAAAUCAGAUAAAGAUCAAAAAGAUCCUACAACUGAUAAAAUAAAAUUGAGUAAAUCUGUCUCGAAAGAUUCAAUUACAUUUGAAAAAGACGGGAAGGACAUCCCUGAAAGUCUAAAAACUGAUUCAGUUCUAGAUAAAAUUACAAUCGAAAAAUCUGAUACUGUUAAAGACGAUAUUAAAACAGAAUCACAAAAAAUAAUAAAUAUUGAAUCUAAAACUACCGAAAUUAUCAAACAUGAAAUAAUAACUGAUUUACCAAAAACAGAUAAAAUAGAAUUGACUAAAUCUGACUCGAAAGAUUCGAUUAAAUCAAUAGCUAGUGAAAAAGACGUGAAGGUAUUAACAACUGAUAAAGUAGAAUUGACUAAAUCUGACUCAAAAGAAACAAUUAAAUUAACACCCGUUGAAAAGGACAUCCCUGAAAGUCUAAAAACUGAUUCAGUUCUAGAUAAAAUUACAAUCGAAAAAUCUGAUACUGUUAAAGACGAUAUUAAAACAGAAUCACAAAAAAUAAUAAAUAUUGAAUCUAAAACUACCGAAAUUAUCAAACAUGAAAUAAUAACUGAUUUACCAAAAACAGAUAAAAUAGAAUUGAUUAAAUCUGACUCGAAAGAUUCGAUUAAAUCAAUAGCUAGUGAACUUGACCUGAAAGGAUUAUUAACUGACGAUAAAGAUCACAAAAUACCCAAAACUGAUAAAAUAGAAUUGACUAAAUCUGACUCGAAAGAUUCGAUUAAAUCAAUAGCUAGUGAAAAAGACGUGAAGGUAUUAUUAACUGACGAUAAAGAUCGAAAAUAUCCUACAACUGAUAAAGUAGAAUUGACUAAAUCUGACUCAAAAGAAACAAUUAAAUUAACACCCGUUGAAAAGGACAUCCCUGAAAGUCUAAAAACUGAUUCAGUUCUAGAUAAAAUUACAAUCAAAAAAUCUGAUACUAUUAUAGACGAUAUUAAAACAGAAUCACAAAAAAUAAUAAAUAUUGAAUCCAAAACUACCGAAAUUAUCAAACAUGAAAUAAUAACUGAUGUACCAAAAACAGAUAAAAUAGAAUUGACUAAAUCUGAGAAGGUAUUAUUAACUGACGAUAAAGAUCGAAAAUAUCCUACAACUGAUAAAGUAGAAUUGACUAAAUCUGACUCAAAAGAAACAAUUAAAUUAACACCCGUUGAAAAGGACAUCCCUGAAAGUCUAAAAACUGAUUCAGUUCUAGAUAAAAUUACAAUCGAAAAAUCUGAUACUGUUAAAGACGAUAUUAAAACAGAAUCACAAAAAAUAAUAAAUAUUGAAUCUAAAACUACCGAAAUUAUCAAACAUGAAAUAAUAACUGAUUUACCAAAAACAGAUAAAAUAGAAUUGAUUAAAUCUGACUCGAAAGAUUCGAUUAAAUCAAUAGCUAGUGAACUUGACCUGAAAGGAUUAUUAACUGAUGAUAAAGAUCACAAAUUGACUAAAUCUGACUCGAAAGAUUCGAUUAAAUCAAUAGCUAGUGAAAAAGACGUGAAGGUAAUAUUAACUGACGAUAAAGAUCAAAAAGAUCCUACAACUGAUAAAAUAAAAUUGAAUCAAAAAGAUCCUACAACUGAUAAAAUAAAAUUGAGUAAAUCUGCCUCGAAAGAUUCAAUUACAUCGUAUAGUAGUGAACUUGACUUGAAAGGAUUAUUAACUGACGAUAAAGAUCAAAAAUAUCCUACAACUGAUAAAGUAGAAUUGACUAAAUCUGACUCAAAAGAAACAAUUAAAUUAAAACCCGUUGAAAAGGACAUCCCUGAAAAUCAAAAAGAUACUACAACUGAUAAAAUAAAAUUGAGUAAAUCUGACUCGAAAGAUUCAAUUACAUCGUAUAGUAGUGAACUUGACCUGAAAGGAUUUUUAACUGACGAUAAAGAUCACACAAUACCAAAAACUGAUAAAAUAGAAUUGACUAAAUCUGUCUCGAAAGAUUCGAUUAAAUCUAUAGCUAGUGAAAAAGACGUGAAGGUAUUAUUAUCUGACGAUAAAGAUCAAAAAGAUUCUACAACUGAUAAAAUAAAAUUGACUAAAUCUGACUCAAAAGAAACAACUAAAUUAACACCCGUUGAAAAGGACAUCCCUGAAAGUCUAAAAACUGAUUCAGCUCUAGAUAAAAUUACAAUCGAAAAGUCUGAUAAUAAAAUAGAAUUGCCUAAAUCUCACUCGAAAGAUUCGAUUAAAUCAAAAGCUAGUGAAAAAGACGGAAAGGUAUUAUUAACUGACGAUAAAGAUCAAAAAGAUCCUACAACUGAUAAAAUAAAAUUGAAUCAAAAAGAUCCUACAACUGAUAAAAUAAAAUUGAGUAAAUCUGACUCGAAAGAUUCAAUUACAUCGUAUAGUAGUGAACUUGACCUGAAAGGAUUAUUAACUGACGAUAAAGAUCACACAAUACCAAAAACUGAUAAAAUAGAAUUGACUAAAUCUGACUCGAAAGAUUCGAUUAAAUCUAUAGCUAGUGAAAAAGACGUGAAGGUAUUAUUAACUGUCGAUAAAGAUCAAAAAGAUCCUACAACUGAUAAAGUAGAGUUGACUAAAUCUGACUCAAAAGAAACAAUUAAAUUAACACCCGUUGAAAAGGACAUCCCUGAAAGUCUAAAAACUGAUUCAGUUCUAGAUAAAAUUACAAUCGAAAAAUCUGAUACUGUAUUAUUAACUGACGAUAAAGAUCAAAAAGAUCCUACAACUGAUAAAAUAAAAUUGAGGAAAUCUGACUCGAAAGAUUCAAUUACAUCCUAUAGUAGUGAACUUGACCUGAAAGUAUUAUUAACUGACGAUAAAGAUCACACAAUACCAAAAACUGAUAAAAUAGAAUUGACUAAAUCUGACUCGAAAGAUUCGAUUAAAUCAAUAGCUAGUGAAAAAGACGUGAAGGUGUUAUUAACUGACGAUAAAGAUCAAAAAGAUUCUUCAACUGAUAAAAUAAACUUGACUAAAUCUGACUCAAAAGAAACAACUAAAUUAACACCCGUUGAAAAGGACAUCCCUGAAACUAGUGAAAAAGACGUGAAGGUGUUAUUAACUGACGAUAAAGAUCAAAAAGAUCCUACAACUGAUAAAAUAAAAUUGAGGAAAUCUGACUCGAAAGAUUCAAUUACAUCGUAUAGUAGUGAACUUGACCUGAAAAAUUGA